AUGCGUUACAUUCGACAACUCCUGGGUCCAGCUUUGGGGUAUUUGGCCUUUGCCUUGCCAGGCAAAGCCGCUCCGGUCAACCACUCCGCGCCAGCAUCACCCCCUUCCGUCUCCAUUCAGUUCCCUGUCGGCGCAAAUGGACCAAACGCACCGGUCGUGUUCCCGCUGUCAAAUGGAUUUCCAAACAUAGUAAAAGGCACUCCAGCUUUCCAGCAAUUGACGGUACAAGCCCAUGGUUCUGUAUCGAAUGCACCGCCUCCACCCUCUUUCGCAGCGGAUGACCUGCGAAGCUUCAAGGUUAUCCAGAUCCAAGAGACAUUCGAAGUGUAUUACUUCACCCAAUUAUUGCUUAACAUCACAAACAACGUCCCUGGCUUCGAGAUCAACGACCUGUCAUUGAAGCAAGAUAUCAUUGAAAAGUUGACGGUCAUCCAAGGUCAGGAGCAGUGGCAUGCUCUCAAUGCCGGCGGUGUUCUACAACACUUUAACGUUUCCCAGAUUCAGCCUUGUAUUUUCAAGUCUCCCGCGACCGACCUCACAAGCGCCAUCGACAUUGCCGCAAACUUCACUGCGGUCGUCAUCAGUUCCCUUCAAGAUGUCGCAGUCCGCCUCGGCCAAAACGGCGACUCGGGUGUCAUCCGCGGCGUGGUUUCUGUGGUUGGCCAGGAAGGAGAACAGCAAGGCAUCUAUCGCACACUAGGCAGUGACCUUGUCCCCUCGGAGCUCCCAUUCUUGACCCAAUCAACCCGCGAGUUUGCAUACUCUUCGCUUCAGCAGAAUUUCAUUGUGCCUGGCACCUGUCCCAAUGACAAUACCAUCGACGUGCCGAUCUUCGGAACUUUGAACGUCUUGACCACGAACAUUCAAGCCAUCGACCAGGUUCUCACCUUCAGCAUCCAGAGAGAUUCGACCGAAGGUCUCGGUCUUGUCUACCUCAACCAACAAAAUCUACCCAUCGUUGAAGCGAUCACCAACGCAUCUACCAAAAACGGUGUGACCACUUUCUCAGCCAACUUUCCAUUCAGUCAGAAUUCAAUGAACGGCCUUACGAUUGCGGCGGUCGUCAAUUCGACCGGACCGUUUAUGAAUGCCAACGACGUUGCGAACAAGACCCUCUUUGGCCCUGGCUUAAUUUACCCUAAUUAG